AGAAGGAGCGAGAGGCGGCCGAGGGGCUGGUCCAGGCGCGGCCGCUAAGAGGAGACCAAGAGGCGGGGGCUGCACUUGACAACCAGCAUGCGGAGAUGUCAGAAGAGGCAGAAGUGGAUGUGAGAGAAAGAGAGACACAGAGAGACAGAGAGCCAAAGAGGGCAAGAGACUUGACUUUAAGAGACUCCUGUACUGACAACUCCAUGCAGUUCGGAACCAGAACGACUACAGCUGAACCAGGGUUCAUGGGGACAUGGCAAAACGCUGAUACUAACCUCUUAUUCAGAAUGUCCCAACAGGUUCCAGUGGCAUGUGCUGGCAGAGUGCUGGGUGCAGACUUUUGCCCAAACCUGGAGGAGCCAGACCAGAGGCUGGAAGUCCAGGCCAUCCGUUGCACACUGGUAAACUGCACGUGUGAAUGUUUUCAGCCAGGGAAGAUUAACCUGAGGACUUGCGAUCAGUGUAAACAUGGCUGGGUGGCACAUGCCUUGGAUAAACUCAGCACGCAGCAUCUAUACCACCCCACCCAGGUGGAGAUCGUGCAGUCCAACGUGGUGUUCGACAUCAGCAGCCUGAUGCUCUACGGGACGCAGGCGGUGCCGGUGCGGCUAAAGAUCCUGCUAGACCGUCUCUUCAGUGUCCUGAAGCAAGAGGAGGUGCUGCACAUCUUGCACGGCCUGGGCUGGACUCUGCGGGAUUACGUCCGGGGGUACAUCCUUCAGGAUGCUGCCGGCAAGGUACUGGACCGCUGGGCCAUCAUGUCUCGAGAAGAGGAAAUCAUCACCCUUCAGCAGUUUCUGCGGUUUGGAGAAACCAAGUCCAUUGUAGAGCUGAUGGCAAUUCAGGAGAAAGAAGGGCAAGCCGUAGCUGUACCAUCUUCAAAGACAGACUCAGACAUAAGGACUUUCAUUGAGAGCAAUAAUCGCACCCGGAGUCCCAGCCUUCUUGCUCAUCUAGAGAACAGCAACCCUUCCAGCAUUCAUCACUUUGAAAACAUCCCCAACAGCCUUGCGUUUCUGCUUCCAUUCCAGUACAUAAACCCAGUCUCGGCCCCACUGCUAGGAUUGCCUCCAAAUGGGUUACUGUUAGAGCAACCGGGACUGAGGCUGCGGGAACCAAGCCUUUCAACCCAGAAUGAAUACAAUGAGAGCAGUGAAUCUGAAGUAUCUCCCACACCUUAUAAGAAUGACCAGACACCCAAUAGAAAUGCCCUGACCAGCAUUACUAAUGUGGAGCCCAAAACCGAGCCAGCCUGCGUAUCCCCCAUUCAGAAUUCUGCCCCAGUCAGUGAUCUGACCAAAACUGAACACCCAAAAAGCUCAUUCCGGAUUCACCGGAUGAGAAGGAUGGGGUCAGCCUCCAGGAAAGGAAGAGUGUUCUGUAACGCAUGUGGGAAGACGUUCUAUGACAAAGGUACUCUCAAAAUUCAUUAUAAUGCUGUUCACCUGAAGAUCAAACACCGAUGCACCAUCGAAGGUUGCAACAUGGUCUUUAGCUCCCUCCGAAGCCGGAAUCGCCACAGUGCAAACCCUAAUCCUCGCCUUCACAUGCCCAUGCUACGAAAUAACCGAGACAAAGAUUUAAUUCGGGCCACAUCAGGAGCUGCCACCCCUGUCAUAGCAAGUACAAAAUCAAAUCUCACACUCACAAGUCCUGGCCGGCCCCCAAUGGGUUUUACCACUCCCCCACUAGACCCUGUCUUACAGAAUCCUCUGCCUAGCCAGCUGGUGUUUUCUGGGCUAAAGACUGUACAGCCAGUUCCUCCAUUUUAUAGAAGUUUACUCACUCCGGGGGAAAUGGUGAGUCCUCCAACCUCCCUCCCGACCAGUCCCAUCAUUCCAGCCAGUGGUACCAUAGAGCAGCACCCCCCACCACCCUCUGAGCCCACAGCACCAGUAGUGAUGAUGGCCACUCAUGAGCCCAGUGCCGACUUGGCACCCAAGAAGAAGCCCAGGAAGUCCAGCAUGCCUGUGAAGAUUGAGAAGGAGAUCAUUGAUACCGCUGAUGAGUUCGAUGAUGAAGACGACGACCCCAAUGAUGGUGCAGCUGUGGUCAACGAUGUGAGCCAUGACAAUCAUUGCCACUCCCAAGAGGAGAUGAGUCCAGGCAUGUCUGUGAAGGACUUUUCUAAACAUAGCAGGACCCGGUGCAUUUCAAGGACUGAAAUAAGAAGGGCUGACAGCAUGACUUCCGAGGACCAAGAACCUGAGCGGGACUAUGAGAAUGAGUCCGAGUCUUCAGAGCCCAAACUAGGCGAGGAGUCCAUGGAAGGGGAUGAGCACAUUCACAGUGAAGUGAGCGAAAAAGUCCUGAUGAGCAGUGAGAGGCCUGAUGAGAACCACAGUGAGCCCUCUCACCAGGAUGUCAUCAAGGUGAAGGAAGAAUUCACAGACCCCACAUACGACAUGUUUUACAUGAGCCAGUAUGGACUGUACAAUGGUGGGGGGGCCAGCAUGGCAGCCCUGCAUGAAAGUUUUACAUCGUCUCUGAAUUAUGGCAGCCCUCAAAAGUUCUCCCCAGAAGGCGACCUGUGUUCUAGCCCAGACCCCAAAAUCUGUUACGUGUGCAAGAAGAGUUUCAAAAGCUCCUACAGUGUGAAGCUCCACUACAGGAAUGUUCACUUAAAAGAGAUGCAUGUCUGCACGGUGGCUGGCUGCAACGCUGCCUUCCCCUCUCGCCGAAGCAGAGACAGAAACAGAAAUUUACGGAUGGAAAGAACCAUAGGUCCAGGACAUCGAGACAGCCUGCAUCUCCGUAGACACAGUGCCAACAUAAACCUGCAUCGCAAACUGUUGACCAAAGAACUCGAUGACAUGGGCCUGGACUCAGCGCAGCCCUCCCUUAGCAAGGACCUCCGGGAUGAAUUUUUGAUGAAGAUCUAUGGUGCCCAGCACCCCUUGGGGCUCGAUGUCAGGGAAGACGCCUCCUCUCCUGCAGGGACUGAAGACUCCCACCUGAAUGGGUACGGGAGAGGCAUGGCGGAGGACUACAUGGUCCUUGACCUGAGCACCACCUCCAGCCUCCAGUCCAGCAGCAGCAUCCAUUCCUCCCGAGAAUCCGACGCAGGCAGCGACGAGGGCAUUCUUCUCGACGACAUUGACGGGGCGAGUGACAGUGGGGAGUCAGCACACAAGGCCGAGGCUCCUGCCCUCCCUGGCAGUCUAGGGGCCGAAGUUCCAGGAUCUCUGAUGUUCAACAGCUUGUCCGGGAGCAAUGGUGGGAUCAUGUGCAACAUUUGCCACAAAAUGUACAGCAACAAGGGGACUCUGAGAGUGCACUACAAAACUGUGCAUUUGCGAGAAAUGCACAAGUGCAAAGUCCCUGGUUGCAAUAUGAUGUUUUCCUCUGUGCGAAGCCGAAACCGGCACAGUCAGAACCCUAAUCUCCACAAAAACAUUCCCUUCACUUCCGUCGAUUAGUCUCAGAACGGACAUUACAAAUGCCAGCUCUCACCAGAUGGCCUACAUAUCUGAACUGCCAUAGUCAGUGUGUGCUUGUGUACUUGGGGAGGGGGUGUGUGUGUACAUAUGUACGCCUCUGUGUCUACAUAUAUAUAUACACACACACAGACAUCUUUUCUUUAGGUAUAAAAAGAUAAACACUAGGUGCUUUUGAAAUUGUUUUCUUUUUCCUUUAUAGUUUUGGGAAAGGGAUGGGAUCUUUAAUUUGGGGGUGAAAACAAAGUACCCUUAAAACACACAUACACACACACAUACACACACAAAGUGUGCAACUAGCCCAAAUUCUGAAAGAAUAAGAAUUCUUGGUCCUCUCCAGAGGGACAAUUUGUUGUAUCCAUGACUGUUGCCUGCAAAAAAAAAAUAAAGGGAAAAAAAAGAAAAAAGAAACAAAAAAGGAACUUCUUAUAGUUGUCUUUUGUGAACUUUAAGGUUUUGAGAGAAUCUUCAAUUAAAGCAUGGCAGAUUCACCUGUAAAUAUUUAGCCUUGAGAGGCCAAUGAUGUAAAGCAAUUGUAUUGAUGGUUGUUUAACUCUUUUUGUUUAAUUUUUACAGUUACAUCCAGCUGUUAGAUAUACAGGAGAAAAAUAGUUUGCUGGCUAGCUCUAUUCAUUUAUGUUAGCAUUAAUGCACAUUUUUAAAAAAAAAAAAAACAUGGUCUUGUUUUUACUACCUGCUAGAUAUAGUGAUAAAGAGGUGCUGGCAUGCUUUACAGCACAGAUCGGAUUUUUUAAAAUGUCCUGUACUAGUACAUAAAUCCAGUCAUGCACUUUUUUUCAUACACUACAAGGGGAUGUGUAAUAUCCAUGCUUCUUUUUUAUCCUUAAACUAUUGCCACACUUCAAGUAAGUGUCUUUUUAAAAAAAUUCACUUGUAUAAAAAUGGUCUGGUCAGUAUAGGGCACAAAUGCCAAACAAAAGUAUUAGUGUUAACACAAAACUGCCAACUUUGCACAAGUUUCCAGAAAAGAAAAUACAAUUAGUCACUCAACAUAACCACAGGCCAAUUUGUCGGCCACCAGAAAACCGCUUUAAAAAAAGAACACUUGGUGAUUCUUUCAAGUGCCGAAUGUUAUUAGAAUCAACAUUGCAUCCUUCUUUGCUUAUAUGUUAAGUUCCAUAAAAGGAAAACACAAUUACAUGGUGUGAAACAGCCAAGGCAUUUACUCUUCAGAGGCAGGAUAAUAUUUCAGGAUACAAAAGCCCAAAUUACUCACUAUGGAACAAAGCUGAAUAUAGUAAAAGUGUUGAACACUCAUUUCCAAGGACCUAACCCUUCUCCUUUAAAAAGAAAGAAAGAAGUCUGCACUGGGUUGGUCUGUUGUAUGGCUGUCUAAUUUGUUGCAAGUUCUGCAGUAGUCCUAUGAUUCAGGCCUGUUUGAUAGACAAAAUCAAAAGACAUUUCACAGCGGCAGUACUUGGAAGCUUUGAAAACAUGUGCUGAACUUGAAUUGAGCAACACUCCUUUCUGAAAAGCCAGACGAAGGGGGGUUUAAAAUAGGAUCUCUCACUGUUGAGUGUUUUGUGUUUCCCCACAUGAUUUGUCAGAGAGAAAUGAAAGCAAGCCUGAAACCAAGCAAUUGAGAGUGAGAAAGAGAGGGAGACGAUUCUCCAAACCUUUUUUGUUUUUGUUUUGUUUUGUUUCCGAUGUUUACACAUGUUGCCUGAGCUGGUUAACCACAUGGGCAGCCCUCAGCUACCACAACAUACUGACUAAAUGAUGAUAUUUACUCAAGUUCAGUCUGCAGCCAAAACCAUUAGGACGUGCAUUGCAGACUGUGUUUUGUUGUCUGUUUUUUUCUUUUUUUUUUUAAGUGGAGGGGGGAAAGACAGAUAAACAAGGAAUAUUUUGUCUUAACAGUACACAAUAAUUUAAAGAGAAUGUAUUUCUUUUCUGCAUUUAAUGGCCUCAAACAUUUCUCUCAUCGGUCUCAAAGUUAGAAAUACCCCCUUUGUUUGAACUUUGCAUGUUGUUUCCAUUUUUCAUAUGUUUUGUAAUUAUUUUUUCUAUGUUCACAUCAGCAUUCACUUCCGUUAAAUUUGCCAAAGGAAACUGUUAAUAUGUUUCUGUUGUUGUUGUUAUUCCUGUAGGAUUUAUUGUACCUCACAGUAUUUAUUGUUUCCAAAAAUAAGCAUCAUUAGUUGAGGAUUCAGUAUUUUUAUUUGUAAAAAUUUCAGAAACAAUAGAUUCUUAAAGAUAAGCUAGACUUGUCUAGAAGCUUCAUCUUUUCAUCUCCUUCAGAGGAUGCUAUGGGGCUCGUUUAAUUCAUUUGUUCGCCAGUGAGGAAAGACCAAAAGUAUUCACAGUACAAAAGAAACCAUAUCAAACACUAUGUUAAAUGACAAAUGUUUACGGUAAAAAGCUGAGGAAUUAGUAAUAACCAUUUUUGUUUUCUUGUACCUUUGAAUUCCCCAAAGUCUUAAUUGCUUUAUUUUGGUGUUGUGUUAAAUUGAAUAGACAGAGAUGUUUUCCUUUGUUUUAUACCAUAUAAGACUAUGUACAGUAUGUUUGUGAAAAAUUGAACUAGAAUAAUGAA